AUGGCUGGGGCUUUGCCUGCUGCGGAGGGUUUUGGACGGGCAGGGGAAAGGAGGAGAAUGAGUGGGGGUAGUGAGGUGCAGAGGUUGAAGGGGAAAGAGAAGGUUUUUGAGGGGGAGAGCGGUGGGGAAGGGGGGGAGAAUGGGACGAGAAGCCGAGGAAACGAGCAGCAGCCUCAGCAGCAGCAACAACAGCAGGGACAGCAGAGACAGAAGCAGCAGCAGCAACAGCAGCAGCAGGGGCAGCAGGAGCAGAGGGGCGAUGGGCUGGGGAGGGAGAAGGAGGGGGUGAUGGCGGAAGAGGGUGGGGAGGUGAGGCGCGGAGGGGCUUUGGUGGAUGGUGGGAAGGAGGAUGGUGGGCAGGGGACUAGAAGAGUCCGCCAUGGGUUUAGAAUGUCUGUGUUCGAGGAGGACGAGGAGGACAGGCCAAGCCAGGAAGCAGCACCAGCAGGAGGAGCAGGGGGAGGAGGAGGAGCAGGAGGAGCAGGAGGAGGAGGAGCAGGAGGAGCAGGAGGAGGAGGAGCAGGAGGAGCAGGAGGGGCAGGAGCAGGAGCCAGCAAGGUGGCAGAUAGAGAGGCAGCCAAAGCAGGAACGGACACUGCUCCUGCUGCCAUGAAGCCAGGAGGGGAGGGUUUAGGGAGCAAAGUGGGGGCUAGUGGGCAGCAGCGCGAAGGGGACAAGGGCGAGGAGCAGAGCAAGGGCGAGAAAGGCAAGGAAAAGAGCACGCCUGCUGCCACCGCUGCUCCAGCUGCUGCAACGGAUGCAGGAGCGCCUACUGCCUUUGGUGGCGGUGAUGGGGGCGACAUGGGAAGGAGGGGAGGAGGAGAGGAGGCUGGUGAUAGGGGAAGGAGGGGAGGAGGGGAGGAGGAGGAGGCAGAGCCGAGGAGGAAGCGGAGGGUGUCGUCUUCGCCUGUGGGAGGGGAGUCAGGUGGUUCGCCGCCUUCCCUCUUUGGCUUUGGAAAGCCGCCCGCAGGGUCCUCCGCUCCGUCGGAAGCCGCAGCUCCACUCUUCGGGGCUGCUUCUGCUGCUCCUCCUGCCUCCGCCCCUGCCACCACAACCACCACCACUCCUUCUGCACCUACGUUUGGCUCGGCAUCCACCGCACCUGCCUUUGGCUCGGGAUCAGCACCGUCAUUCGGCCUCAGCCCGUCUUUCACCCCCGCAGCUGCUUCUACUCCAAGCUCUGCCGCCACAGCCACAGCCACUGGUUUUGCCACCUCUUCUACCCCUUCCUUCGGUCUUGCUGCGCCAUCAUUCGCUCCUGCUUUCGGAUCGUCUGCUGCUGCUCCGGCCUUUGGCACCACUGCUGCCCCUGCCUUUGGCGCUGCAUCCUCUCCUGCCUUUGGCGCUGCUUCCUCCCCUGCGUUUGGCACAUUAUCUGGUUCAUCCGCCCCUGCGUUUGGAUCAUCCGCCCCUGCGUUUGGAUCGUCCGCCCCUGCUUUCGGUUCCUCGACCCCUGCGUUCGGCUCGUCAACAGCUGCUGCUACAGCUCCGCUCUUUGGCACCCCAGCCACCACCCCAGCACCUGUUUUCGGUGCUCCUGCUGCCGCAAGCACCGGUGCUGCUACCGGCUUUGCCUUUGGAGCUACGGCACCUUCAGCCCCCUCUGCCUCUACCACCCCUGCUGCUGCUGCCUCCUCGUCUCCCGCUCCUGUUUUUGGAUUUUCCGCUGCUUCUUCCGGACCUGCCGCCGCGCCUGGGUUCACGUUCGGCGCUGCUGCACCGGGAGCUCCGGCAGCAGCAACUGCACCAGCAGCAUCGCCGUUUGGAUUUGCUGCAUCUCAGCCUGCCUCCUCUCCUGCUCCAUUCUCCUUCGGAGCUCCAGCAGGAGGAGCAGCAGCAGGAGGAGCAGCACCCUUCACCUUUGGAGGAGGAGGAGGAGCAGCAGCACCAGGGGCACCUGGAUCAGCAGGAGCAGCAGCAGGUGCAAGUCCCUUCGGGUUUGGCUCCGCUCCGUCUCCUUCCGCUGCCUUCGCAUUUGGGGCCUCCCCGGCUCCUGCUGCCUCCGCUGCUCCCUUUGGUGCAGCCUCUGGCUUCCCAGGAGCCACUGGGAGCAGCAGUCCCUUUGGUGGAAUGCAACAGAACACAAUGUCAAUGGAACCAGCAAGUACGAAUGGAUUUAACAUGCCAGGUGGCAUGCCAACGGCUGCAUCUACUCCUCCUGUCGUUUUCGGAGGUGCGCCGUCCCCGGCAGGGGCUAAUCCUUUUGCUUUCGGGCAGCCUGCAGCUGGAGGUGCCGCCCCGGGCGCUGCGCCGUUUUCGUUCGGUGGUGCUGCUGCUUCCCCGUCGCCAGCGGGGAGUGGUGGGAGUGGUGGGUUUGCUGCCCCGUCUAUGGUGUUUGGAGCUGGUGCUGGUGGCGGUGGUGGUGGUGGUGGUGGAGGUGGGGCUCCUGCUGCUGGUGGUGGGUUCUCGAUGGGAGCAGGUGCACCCACGCCUGGGAGGAGAGUGGUCAAAGCCAAGAGGCCAACGGCCAGACGUCGGUAG